AUGGACAUGUUGAAGGGGAAUUUCUUGAUAAACACGAAGGAAGAGGCCGUGAUAGCGAACGAGAUUUUGCGCGACAACGAGUACAUAGGCUUGUACUUCUCGGCCUCGUGGUGCCCUCCCUGCCAGAUAUUCCUGCCGCAGCUGAGAGACGUUUACGAAAAGGCGCGCCAGCGAACAAUCAGCUUGGAGAUAAUAUUCAUACCGGCGGACAAGGAUAACCAGCGGAUGACGCGCUUUUUCGUCGAUAAUCACGGUCCUUGGUACGCUCUGCCUGUUGGCCCUUUGACGGCUGCACUGAGAAAGAAGUUGCAGGUAUACUCGAUACCUUGCUUCAUUGUUUUGAGCAACAAGGGCACGAUAAUCAGCAAGAAUGGCCGAGAGAAUAUCGAGGAUUUGGAAGAUCCGCUUGCGCACUGGUUCGGGGCAUUGAGCGUGGAAAACGAAAAUAAAGUCUGA